AUGUUUCCCGUGUUUGCAGAGACCGCAUUCACGGUAACCUGUUACACCUGUCCUCUUUGUCGUCUCGGUAACCUGUCGAAGACCUGCACCAGUGAUGGCUGGUCUGAGGUUAGCCCUGCUUCCUAUGCACUGAAUUGUGGGUACAACGCCAACGUCACCAAAGUUGAUGAUGAUGACAUGGAGGAGUUCUACUGGGCAGUGAAAGUAGGCUACACUAUCGGACACAGUCUCUCUCUCAUCUCCCUCACUAUCGCUAUCGUCCUACUCUGCACUUUUAGGAAGUUGCACUGCACCAGAAACUACAUCCACAUGAACCUGUUUGUGGCGUUCAUACUGAAAGCCAUUGCCGUCUUCAUCAAAGAUGUGGUUUUGUACGAGGUCGGGGAGUCUGACUGUCAACCUGAAACUGUGGGAUGUAAGGCAGGGGUUGUCUUCUUCCAGUACGGCAUCAUGACCAGCUACUUCUGGCUAUUGGUCGAAGGCCUCUACGUCCACACCCUAUUGGCUGUCUCCUUCUUCUCCGAGAGGAAGUACUUCUGGUGGUAUAUUCUGAUUGGCUGGGGAGCGCCAACUGUUUUCAUCACAGCUUGGGUCAUUACAAAGGCUUAUUUAAAACACUCUGGGUGUUGGGACAUUAUUAACGACCAUCCCUGGUGGAUCAUCAAAAUGCCAAUAUUACUGACCAUACUGGUCAACUUCAUCCUGUUCAUCUGUAUAAUCCGGAUUCUGCGUCAGAAAAUGAAUUGCAGAGACAUCGGAAGGAAGGAAUCUCAUCAAUACUCGAGGUUGGCUAAAUCCACACUACUGUUGAUACCUCUGUUCGGAAUCAACUACAUCAUCUUUGCCUUCAUCCCUGAAGACAUCAACACGCGAAUCAGGAUGGUCAUUGACUUGAUUCUAGGAUCCUUCCAGGGGUUUGGGGUUGCAGUCCUGUAUUGUUUCCUAAAUGGAGAGGUGCAGGGGGAGGUGAAGCGUAAGUGGCGACGAUGGCACAUGCAAAGAUUUCUGGGUAAAGGAGACACCAAAUACCAGCAGCCCCAGUAUCUGGGUAGCAACGGUAACAACUUCAGCACCCAGAUCACCAUGCUGACCAGGUGUAGCCCCAUCACACGUCGAGCUUCCGACUGCCAGGAACACUUCUCUGCUAUCUGAGCCCAGUUCUGGGUGGUAACAGAGGGCAGAGAAGAGGAGGCAACAGAGAUGAGCUGCACUGAAGCGCUGUUUAGUAUUCAGUCAGCACAGUAGAGACCACCAGCCAACCACACACAACAACAGCAAUGAUAGGCUUAGAUCAGGAAAGCCGUGGACCAAUUUAACACAAUUUAUUUAGCUUAUUUUUUGUUUAAUUUAGGAAAUCAGUUGCCAAGUAUUCACACAAAAAAAGAGAGAGACAUCAUGUCUCAAUAUAAUCAAGGUAUGAAAUUAUUGUUAUUUUCAAAAUGUCUUUUUGGGCUUAGUUGUGGUUGCAGUGUACACAUUUUUACAUGGGGCAGCAGGUAGCCUAGCGGUUAGAGAGAAGCGAGCCAGCAACCGGAGGGUUGCCAGUUCGAAUCCCGUGUCUGACGGGAAAAAUCUGGGCUGAAAAUGUGAGCUGGCAACCGGAGGGUUGCUGGUAUCAACACACGUAACCCCCCACAACAACAGCUCCCCAGGCACUCAGUGUGGCAGCCUCGACACCUCCAAAACCUGUAUACUGUAUGUAUGUAUGUACGUAUGUGUGUCUUUCGGAGGGGUUGGGUUAAAAGCGGAAGUUACAUUUCGGUUAGACGUUGUCUGACCAAUUGACGAAUAAAGUGAUCUAAAGAUUCACAACUAUGUUCCGGUACUCCAACCAGCCGCAAUGACAAAAACCAGCCCGUGGCUAAAUCUAGUUCCUGGUCUACACUAUGUGUUAAAUCAAAAAAAAACUUCCAGUUCAAAUCACCAUUGGAUAUAUCUGUGUGUGUAUUGUGUGUUGUGUUAGUCCGUGUGGCAGAGUUGAAGUCAAUUCCAUUUUAAUUCUUGUCAAUUCAGAAAGUAAAACCAAAUUCCAAAUUUUAAUCAUGGAAAACCAUUCAAGAGAAUUGGAAUUUCAGUGUACUUCCUGAAUGACAAAUGGAAUUGACCCCAACUCUGCUGUGUGACUUGAGAUAAUUGUAACUUUACAUUGGUCUCAUAAGCUAGCUACAGAAGCCUGUUCCCAGAUCUGUAACAUACUGUAUGUGCUUUAGCCAACUUCUUUGUCAUACAUGUUUGACAUGACAACAAAUGAACAUGAACAGAGAAGUUGGCUAACAGAAGAGCAACAGUUUAUGAGCUACGACUAGGUAUUAGGCUAGGAGCUAGGACUGGGUAACAGGCUAGGAGCUAGGAGCUGGGUAACAGGCUAGGAGCUAGGACUGGGUAACAGGCUAGGAGCUAGGACUGGGUAACAGGCUAGGAGCUAGGAGCUGGGUAACAGGCUAGGAGCUAGGACUGGGUAACAGGCUAGGAGCUAGGACUGGGUAACAGGCUAGGAGCUAGGACUGGGUAACAGGCUAGGAGCUAGGACUGGGUAACAGGCUAGGAGCUAGGACUGGGUAACAGGCUAGGAGCUAGGACUGGGUAACAGGCUAGGAGCUAGGACUGGGUAACAGGCUAGGAGCUAGGACUGGGUAACAAGCUAGGAGCUAGGACUGGGUAACAGGCUAGGAGCUAGGACUGGGUAACAAGCUAGGAGCUAGGAGCUGGGUAACAGGCUAGGAGCUAGGAGCUGGGUAACAGGCUAGGAGCUAGGAGCUGGGUAACAGGCUAGGAGCUAGGACUGGGUAACAGGCUAGGAGCUAGGACUGGGUAACAGGCUAGGAGCUAGGACUGGGUAACAAGCUAGGAGCUAGGACUGGGUAACAAGCUAGGAGCUAGGACUAGGUAACAAGCUAUGAGCUAGGAGCUGGGUAACAGGCUAGGAGCUAGGAGCUGGGUAACAAGCUAGGAGCUAGGACUGGGUAACAAGCUAGGAGCUAGGACUAGGUAACAAGCUAGGAGCUAGGACUAUAGGUAACAGGUUAGGAGCAAGAGUGAUUGACUGGCUGUGCUGGCCAGUUCGCGGUACUCAACUUUAGAGUUACACGUUGUCGACGUGGCAGCAUCUACAUUGGAAGGAUCUCAAAGUGAAAUGUUAUCCACGUGGUCUAGUCUAUAUUGGAAGCAUCUGGUCUCGUCCCUUAUCUAUCUAGUAUCCAGCUGGCCAUGAUCAACCAUUGAUGAAGACACUUUUAUGUACCAGAAUUAUGUUGGUUUGAAACAUAGCUGGAUAACAUUCCAAGAAAAGAAGCUUAUAGUUUUCAUAGAAUUUAUGUGCGGGAUUGAAGCGCAAGAUGUUUUCAUUGUAAGGCAGAGUCUCUUAGUGCGUAGUUUGGUGUGUAGACAGUCAGGUAUUUUUAAGUCUUGCUCUUACAUUCCCCUCAACCCCCCCCCCCAUUUAAAAAAAAUAGCCAAUAGUUUUGAGUUUCACUACAGAUGUACCUGUAUGUGUUUUUCAUUAAAGACGUAAACUUAUCCACUAAAGAUCAUAAGUGGGAAGACCAGGCGGUUAGCCAUGGUGUUUAGCCAUAUGGUGAAGUAGUGAUGGGGGCGUAAAAUGUUUAAAAGUUUCCUCCCAUAGCUCCUAACCUGUUGCCACCUCUACGAGGUAAGAUAUCUCAUUUCAAUGGGUACUGAAUUGUUUCCCACUUGGUUUCUAAAACCUUUCAGAAAUCUGUGUUGUUUACCUUGUUGUAUUUCAUUGUACAUGUGAAUACGUGAAUGUACCUCUCACUAAAAAAUGUCAUACAAUUGUUCCAGCUAUGGGCGAAGCUACAUAUACAGUAGGAAUGAAGUACAUGUUUUAUCAUGUGUUUUAUUGUGGUUAUUUUACAGUUCUCAGGUGUUGACUGGAUUUCAAUGCAUAUCAUGUAUUAUGUCAUUCUUUUUUAAGUUUGUAUUUGUGUUACGUGUUCAGUUGUAUUAUUUUAAACACACUGUCUUGAUAUUCUCAGUCAUUUGAUAGGAUAUCGUCAAGAAUAACUAUGUUUGUUUGACAUUCUAUGGAAUGCUUUGGAACAUUCCGAACAACACAAAAAAGUGUGGUGUAAGCAAAGUGUUUUGUAAAUAUUGUGCAAUUCUGCUUUUGGAUUCAGUUUAAAUGAUGUUCUAGUAAAGACAGAAGCAAU